AUGAGGACCUUAGUGCUGUUGGCCCUUCUGGGCCUCACGGCUGCCGUCGUCUACAAGCAUGACCUCCACUGGCGCGAGGCCAAGAUGUUCAAGAUGAUGCGCGCCGGCGAGUGGAAGGCCUACCGCGAGCACAAGGAGGCCCUCCGCGCCAACCACCCGGUCCUUGCCAACCUGCCCCAGACGGUCCUCGACUACGAUGACUUCGAGUACGUCGGAAACGUCACCAUCGGAACGCCACAGCAGAACUUUGUUGCCGUGCUCGACACCGGAUCCUCAAACUUCUGGGUGCCCGCCACCAACUGCGAUAGCUCGUGCUCUGGCAAGAGCAAAUACGACUCCGGCAAGUCGUCGACCUUCGUCAAGAACGGCAAGUCCUGGUCCAUCCAGUACGGAUCCGGAGACGCCCGCGGAACCCUCGCCCAGGACACUAUGACCUUCGGAGGAAUCGGUGAGAACCAGCUCGCCAUCCCCAAGACCGUGUUCGGCAUGGCCACCCACAUCUCUGACGACUUCGCCCAGGACCCGACCGACGGUAUCCUCGGACUUGCCUUCCAGUCCCUGGCUGUUGACAACGUCGUCCCGCCCCUUCAGAACGCCUACUCGCAGGGAAUCCUGGACCAGCCGUUGUUCAGCGUGUACCUGAUGCACCGUGGAGCCACCGAGGGCCAGGCCGGAGGUAUCUUCACCUAUGGAGCCAUCGACAGCACCAACUGCGAUGCUUCCGUCACCUGGGAGAAGCUCACCUCGGCCACCUACUGGCAGUUCCGCGUCACCAAGUUCCAAGUUGGCUCGUACUCGCAGACCAAGAACUACGAUGUCAUCUCCGACACCGGCACCUCCCUCCUCGCCGGCCCGUCCAGCGUCAUCGCCGCCAUGGCCAAGGCUAUUGGAGCUACCUACGAUGACUGGGAUGGCAUCUACACCCUUCCCUGCAACUCCAACCUCGCCGAUCUGCAGAUCACCAUCGGAGGAAACGUGUACAGCCUCGGAAAGGUCAACAUGCUCCUCGAUUCCGGAGAUGGACAGACCUGCUACUGGGGUGCCUUCCCCUUCGACAUGGGCGGUUUCGGACCCUCGUGGAUCCUCGGAGACCCCUUCAUCCGCCAGUACUGCAACGUCUACGAUUUCGGCCAGAACCGCAUCGGUUUCGCCAAGUCCAAGCAGGCCAAC